UGGCGGCCGCAGCCGGGCCGCUAACGGAGAAAGUUUCCACCGAGACUGGCCUGUACCUGUGAGCGCGACCUCGUGCGCUCGUUCCUCUUGGCCUGGCGCCGCCCAGUUCCAAGUCUAAGGCUCAGCAACAAAGGCCUCGUUCUCCUCUUGGCCUCGGAGCCGUGGACGGCGUCGGCGACGGCGGCCGGGUUAGAUCACUAUAAAGAAAACUUCUGAGAAAAUGUUGGAAUAGGAGUUACUGAUACCUUGGAUUUGUUGACAAAAUACAAGACGUCAAAUUUUGUAACAGGAAAAAGCCUAAAUUGCCAGAUUACAUGUGUAAAUCACUGCGUUAUUGCUUUAGUCAUUGUCUCUACCUAGCAAUGACAAGACUGGAAGAAGUAAAUAGAGAAGUGAACAUGCAUUCUUCAGUGCGGUACCUUGGCUAUUUAGCCAGAAUCAACUUGCUGGUGGCUAUAUGUUUAGGUCUUUAUGUAAGAUGGGAGAAAACAGCAAAUUCCUUAAUUUUGGUCAUUUUUAUUCUUGGCCUUUUUGUUCUUGGAAUUGCCAGCAUACUCUACUAUUAUUUUUCAAUGGAAGCCGCAAGUUUAAGUCUUUCCAAUCUUUGGUUUGGAUUCUUGCUCGGCCUUCUAUGUUUCCUUGAUAAUUCAUCCUUUAAAAAUGAUGUGAAAGAAGAGUCAACCAAAUAUCUGCUUCUGACUUCCAUAGUAUUAAGAAUAUUAUGUGCUUUGGUGGAGAGAAUUUCUGGUUAUGUCCGUCAUCGACCCACAUUACUAACUACAGUGGAAUUUCUGGAACUUGUUGGAUUUGCCAUUGCCAGCACAACUAUGUUGGUAGAGAAGUCUCUGAGUGUCAUUUUACUUGUUGUAGCUUUGGCCAUGUUGAUUAUUGAUCUGAGAAUGAAGUCUUUCCUAGCUAUUCCAAACUUAGUUAUUUUUGCAGUAUUAUUAUUUUUUUCCUCAUUGGAAACUCCCAAAAAUCCAGUUGCUUUUGCAUGUUUUUUUAUUUGUCUGAUUACUGAUCCUUUCCUUGACAUUUAUUUUAGUGGACUUUCAGUCACAGAAAGGUGGAAACCCUUUCUGUACCGUGGAAAAAUUUGCAGAAGACUUUCAGUUGUUUUCAGUGGAAUGAUUGAGCUUACAUUUUUUAUUCUUUCAGCAUUUAAACUUAGGGACACUCAUCUCUGGUAUUUUGUAAUACCAGGCUUUUCCAUUUUUGGAAUUUUCUGGAUGAUUUGCCAUAUUAUUUUUCUCUUAACUCUUUGGGGAUUCCAUACCAAAUUAAAUGACUGCCACAAAGUAUAUUUUACUCACAGGGCAGAUAACAAUAGCCUCGACAGAAUCAUGGCAUCCAAAGGGAUGCGGCAUUUUUGUUUAAUUUCAGAGCAGUUAGUUUUUUUUAGUCUUCUUGCAACAACAAUUUUGGGAGCAGUUUCCUGGCAGCCAACAAAUGGGAUUUUCUUGAGCAUGUUUCUCAUUGUUUUGCCAUUGGAAUCCAUGGCUCAUGGGCUCUUCCAUGAACUGGGUAACUGUUUAGGAGGAACGUCUGUUGGAUAUGCUAUUGUGAUUCCCACCAACUUCUGCAGCGGACACACUCAUGGCUCAGGAGAGUGGGCUCUAGCAGGUGGAGACAUACUUCGCCUUGACACACUUUUAGAAUGGUGGAGAGAAAAGAAUGGUUCCUUCUGUUCACGGCUUAUUAUCAUAUUAGAUAGUGAGAAUUCAAUUCCUUGGGUGAAAGAAGUGAGAAAGAUUAAUGACCAAUACAUUGCAGUGCAAGGAGCAGAGCUGGCAAAGACGGUAGAUAUUGAAGAGGCUGACCCUCCACAGUUGGGUGACUUUACAAAAGACUGGGUAGAAUACAACUGCAACUCCAGUAAUAGCAUCUGCUGGACGGAAAAGGGCCGCACAGUGAGAGCAGUAUAUGGUGUUUCAAAACGGUGGAGUGACUACACUCUGCACUUGCCAACAGGAAAUGAUGUGGCCAAGCACUGGAUGUUACACUUUCCUCGUAUUACAUACCCACUAGUGCAUCUGGCAAAUUGGUUAUGUGGUCUAAAUCUUUUUUGGAUCUGCAAAACUUGUUUUAGGUGUCUGAAAAGAUUGAAAAUGAGUUGGUUUCUUCCUACUGUGCUGGACACAGGACAAGGUUUUAAGCUUGUCAAAUCUUAACUUGGACCCCACGGGGGAGAUGUUUUUGAGAGUUCAUAUUACCAAUUAUCACUAACUUGCCAUUUUUUGUAUGCUGUAUUUUUAUUCAUGGAAGAUACCAUGCUACUUCUGUAGCAGCUCUCACUUUGUCUUUUCGCAAGUAAUUAUGGGAUAUGUAAGGUAUUGGGAAUAAACAUUUUAUACUAAAAGUAUGCAGGGAGUCAUAAAUGCUGACUUUGCAAAUGCAUAAGGAUGUUAAAAAUAACAGUGUACUUUCAGGAAUGUUUGCAUUUUGCCUGAUUAAAAAGAAAACGGUUGUCUGUGCUCUGCAAUGGCCAGUGAAGAAUUAUGAAUGCCUUAUUUUCUAGGCGUAUGUUAGAAAAUGUAGACCAGACAAAUUUGUGUGUUACUUUAAGAAAACUACCAACAUACUGACAGAAGAUUCUUUUUUGUGAAUAGUCGGUUUGACUCCAAGACCAUUUAUGAACUCUUCCUGGAAAAGGAAGAGGUUUGCUAAUAAUGAAAACAAAAUUUCCUUAUACUCCAUCGCAUUCAGUUGUUUUGAUUGUGACCUGUUACCAGUAUAGCAGAGAAGCCCAAAUUGUGUUUUAGAACGGAACAUUCUUUACACAGGUAACAAAAGAGGCUAGAGCCUAUAAGUUGUUCUUUCAUGCAUUGGUGAGAGCCUCUGAAAGCACUGAUAUUUCAAGAGUCUUUCUCAGGGUAACUAAAUGCUUUCUUAAUGAAGAGUGUAGCUACCAAUUCUUCCAAGUAAAUUGCCUCUCUGUUCAAAAC